AGCAGCACCGCCCCAAUGGUCGCAGAGCUGAGCGCAGGAAGCGGAAAUGCGGUCGUGGGGCGGGACUGUGCGGAAGGGCGGAAGUGGCGUCCUGUGGGAGCACCCGGCGUGUGGAUGGCGCGACUCGGGCGCCGCGGUGCCGCGCCGGUGGGGCCGGGGGUGCCGGGGGGUGCUGGGCGGCCGCGGGGGCGGCAGCAGCAGGUGCGGGGGACGCCGCGGCCCCGACCGCGCAGCAGAGGAAAGCAGCAGGCGAAUUGCGCGCCGCAGAACCGGGAUGAGCAGGAAAUCCCCUUCCGGCUGCGGGAGAUCAUGAGGAGCCGCCAGGAGAUGGGCGGUGGCGCCGGCGCCCGGGAGCGCAGGAGGCGAGCCCAGGUGGCCUUCAAGAAGACAUUGGAGAAGGAAGCAAAGGGAGCGGAGCCAGACAUCGCUGUCCCCAAAUUCAAGCAGAAGAAGUGGGAGUCUGACAGGGCCUACAUCCAGCGAAUGGAGCAGGAGGCCCAGCACGUGCUCUUCCUCAGCAAAAACCAGGUGACCCGACAGCCCGAGGUGCAGGCGGCUCCCAAGAAGGAGAAGUCAGAGCGGAAGAAAGCGUUCCAGAAACGGAGACUGGAGAGAAUCCAGCGGCGAAAGGAAGAGAAGGCAGCAGAGAGGCUGGAGCAGGAGCUGCUCCGAGACACAGUGAAGUUUGGCGAGGUUGCUCUGCAGCCCCCGGAGCUGACCGCCCAGCCCAGGACAAGCACAAGCCGGGACCAGCCUGGGAAGAAGUCGCUGAUGCUUAGGAGGCUUCUGAGCCCUGGCGGCGUGUCCCAGCCGCUGAGCACGUCGCUGGCCCGACAGCGGAUUAUCAGGGAGGAGAGAGAGCGGGCCGUGCAGGCCUACCGGGCACUGAAGCAGCAGCGGCAGCCGGGGCUCAGUCAGCACAGCCAGCCUGCUCCCCGCACCUCACUUACAGGAAGAAGCGGACGCAUCUGUGAUGGUCUAGGCUCCGCUACCCCAGGACUGCUUUAGGGAGAGAGGACGAUGCCACAGUCCGUCAUUCAGUGCCAGUCCAUGGGAGACACUGCAGACUCCAUGGGCUGAAUCCGUAAGGGAAGCUCGGUGUGGUUCAACGGCACAGGACGGCUGGGAGCACAGGCCGGAGCGGGGGCGGGGAGGGCUGGGGUUGGCGUCCGGGCCACGGAGAGGCGCGCUCCUGGUGCCUUGUCCAUGGAGCCAGGUGGAGUCCACCCAUGCUCUCACUGGGUAUGGAGACAGGACAGCCCCCAUGCAAUGUGGGUUUGCCAGGGGGGGUUGCGUUCUCAAGGUCUUUGGGGAAAGAAGAGCAGGUCUGAAGCAGCUUGAGGGCAAGGGCAGGACCCUGGCCCAGGACUUUCCCAUGGCUAAAAGGGCUGUGUGGGGAAUUCCUGCCAACGGCAGGGCCUGGCAAGGUUUGAACCUUCCAGGAGAUCCUAAGGAGGGAAUGCCCAGAUGUUGCACGGCACAGACCUCGGCCGUCGAACACGAAGGGGGAGUCCUACUGCCCACAUCCUUGUGAGGCAGCACUGGUCCCCUUCUUUGGGCUUGAACAGCUCGGGAACAGCUCCGUCUCAGGCUUGGCCAGGGCGGCCCUCCAGAACGUGGGAUAGUGUGCUUCCGUGGGGUCCUUUUUUGUUUGUCCGUUUGCAGCCUUUAUACUGUUUUGUAGUUUUUUGUUUUUUUCAAAUUAAAACCUGAGUUGGGGCGCUUGGGUGCUCAGUGGGUUAAGGCUUCUGCCUUCGGCUCAGGUGGUGAUCUCAGGGUCCUGGGGUCGAGUCCCGCAUCGGGCUCUCUGCUCGGCGGGAGCCUGCUUCUCCCCCUUCCCUCUCUCUGCCUGCCUCUCUGCCUACUUGGGAUCUCUGUCAAAUAAAAUCUUUAAAAAAAACCAAAA